CCCACGGCCGUUGCUUUAUUGUUGAUUCAGCUCAGUCCACCUCUACUCCUUCCUCCUCGAUGUUCAACUUAUCUUGGAACGUUCUUGUAUUCAACUGUACAUGACUUCAAGUUUGUGGUGAUCGUACAGUGUCUGUGGUUUUGGCUUCGCGCGUUACUAUUAAUAACAAUAAGUCUGUCGCGACAUCGACCAACGCUCUCCCGACCAUACCUCAUUGCAGGCAGCUUGCAUAGCGACACUACAUGUACGAAGCGUAGUGAGAAUACACAUAUUGAUUCGUAAUGCAGAAUUAUAACCCACAGUACCCGGGAAGCCAAAGACCUGGUAGUACCGCGAGCUUCUCGCAGGUAGCUCCUCCUCCCCCACCAUACGGAGCUCCUCAGGGAUACACGUCUACCGCGCCGUCAGCGAAUAGCCAAUGGGCCCCACCUGCCCAAAACACUGGUACACAAUGGAAUCAACAGCAAGCACCGCAGCGGGCGAGCUGGGGACAACCACCUGCUGGAGGGGUGCAGCAGCCAGGCGGAGGGGGGUACAACCCAGGAACAUAUGGCCCUAUGCCGGGAGCAUCAUAUACCCAAAAUCAGCAGCAGGAUCAACCGCCUCCACCUCCGCCGAAACCCGAGGGCUAUCCUCCGCAGCCGCAGCAUACACAGCAUGGAACGCAAGGUUGGGGGCAGCAGAGCACAGGUUACCACAGUCAAGGCCAGGGCCAGGGUCAGGGCCAGGGACAGCAAGCAUAUGGCCAUCAGCCCAUAGGAGUCCAACAAUCGCAAUCGCAACCGCAAUACAAUAAUGCGGCUCCUCCGCCGCCCUCACAAACACCAGGCGGUUCAUACUUUCCGCCUCCGCAAGGAGGCCGGCCUGGGUCAAUCUACGGCGCAGACCAGGCGGGGACAUAUUCAACCCCACAGUCAGCUGCAGGACAACAACCUCCAAAUACUGUAUUGAGUCCAAAUGAACAACAACCGGCGUAUAUCCCACCAUCGCUCACUGGCCAAGGCGUACAGUCCUACAUGCCAGCGAACACGAACCCCAUGCCGGGAGUUUACAUCCCUCCUCCGCCAGAUGUCCCGGCAUGGCAGCAGGCCACUCAUGCACCUCUGCAAGGCGAAAAUAAGAAGUUCACGUACACGAAACUCAACCCGGUCCAAAGCAACUAUGGCCAGGGCUAUGGGAACCCAGGGGCGCCAAACCAACAAGCCCAGCAGCCGGGUCAAUAUGGGCAACAGUAUACCCAGCAGGCCCAAGCCCAGCAGCCUAACUUUGAUCAACCGCCUCAGCAUCAGCAUACUCACCCUAAACCGCACCAUCAACAUCAAGCAUCACUCCAAGCUGGCCAAUUCGUUCAACCUUCUCAACCCCUCCAGCAGCAAUUGGGGCAGCAGUUUCAGCCACAGCAACCAAUACAUCAUGAUCAUCAGCAAAACCAACAACAGAGUCAAUUUGCACAACAGCCGGUGGCCCAACCCCAUGCUCAAACUCCAUAUGGACAAGGGCCCCACAGCCAACCAAUAAUGCAGCAGCAGCAACAGCAGCAGCAGCAACAACAGACUCAGUCGUAUUCCCAGCAGGAAGACCAAUGGAAGCCCACUCCACCAGCUGAGUAUCAACAGCAACCGCAGCAGAACACACAAGUACACUACAACUCACAAGCACCUCAACAGGCGCAACAGCAACAACAGGCAUGGCUCCCUGGCCAUCAAUCCCAAGGUUCGGUUGCUCAACAGUACAAUCAAGGGCAAGUGGAGGACAUACAAGCUCCCAAACCGCUUGGACGUACCGGAACCACGCCUCCUGACUUUGUGAAUAACGUUAGUAUGCAAAGCCAACCUGUAUCACCGAUUCAGGGUCGACAAAGUAUGCAUUUCGCAAGUGGGCAAUCCUUCGGCCUUGCACGUGCUGACUCUGUGUCGUCUAUCGCAUUGGGAGCUAUUCGUAACCAGCAAGCCCAAUCUGAGAUCAGAAACGCCGAUAAUAGAACCAGCUCUCCAGCUGUCUCUUCUGUCCCCCCUCCAAAGAUUCCAACGCCACCACCUCCUCGCGAUUCCAAGGAGAAGUUUAGUGCUUUGGGAUUUGGUGGACCCUCUGAUUGGGAGCAUUUUGGUGACGCCGAUAACGAAGUCGAUGAUGAGGAACUCUUCAGCGGGAAGAAGGAUGGACAAAACGAACCGGCGCAACUAGAUAGUGUGGAACUGCCAGGAUCUCAUCCGUGCCCCCCUUCGGCUGGUGGCGAAUGGCCCACGCCGUUGGGGAAUGCAGCUCAACCAGCGCCACUCAAUACCGAGACACAAAGACGUGACACUUAUCAGCCCACCCCACCUCCUGGACAUAACACUGGGACUCCAGCCCAAUCGUACAACUCUUACCAGUCUCCACAGCCGAUACCUGCUCCGCGUUCUCCUAAGGCAGGGCAAGGCUUCGUUUCAGGCGAUGCCAUCGUUAAAACUCAAUCUCCGCAGCCUACACAAGUAGCCCAGCCACCACCUGCUCAGCAAAGUUUCGUAAUGGACGAUGGAGGCUGGGUACCUCCAACACAAAGUACGCCUGUCCAACAGCAGCAACAUCCGCCAGCACCAACUCAACAGGGCUUUGUCGUGGACGACGGAGGUUGGUCUACCCAGAAUGUGCAAAGGCAGCAAACGCCAGCACAACAGGAACAGAGGCAGCUACCGCCACAUCAAGCUCAUACUGCAGUUGUGACGAACGAUGGUACUGUGCAAAGUGGUCAUCCAAGUCAGCCUGGUGCCCAGGAACCCAACGGGUGGACUCAUCAGCCGCAUAACCAAACGCAUGUUUCGGAGUUGAAGGCAAAGGAUGAGGCGUACGAGAAUCUUAGGGUAGAUGCGGAUAGACGGAUUGCGGACGUGCGUAGUGAGCUCGAAAGGCUCAGAUCAGAAAGUGAGAAAGAGAAGGUGGAACUACGGGCAGAGGUCGAGAGACUCACUGUAAAGAAUGAAACGGAGAAGGAGAAGUUGCGUGUUGACACCGAAAGACUUCAAGCGAGCGUAGGAGAGGCAAAAUCUCACGCAGAGGGAGAAAUCACGACCCUGAAAGAGCAAAUCGAAGCUAUGAAGAUAGCAGUAGACCAGGCUAGAGUUCAUGCUGAAGCGUCGGACAAAGAGAAACUUCUCGAAAUUGAGCGUUGGAAGGAAGAUGCCGAGGGGAAACAGGACACAAUCAAGGAAAGGGACACGACUAUUGCAAACUUAACUCGACAGCUCGACGCUGAGAAGUCGAAAGAGCAUCCACCACCCCCUCAGCCGACACCAGCAGAUCUCAUCCCCGAUCUAGAUCCUUGGUAUGUGGGCGCCCUAGAGCGAUUUAUCGACAUGCUCAGGCGUGAAGCUGCGGAGCCUCACGUGGAAGACAAGAUAAAAGUUUUCAAGGAAUUCUUAAAGACUGCAUCGGCCGCUAGAGGCCUUGACUACCAUGACGGACCUCCAGCCACGGCUUUAGCGCAGGGAAUAUCUUCGUUGCAGACGCCAGAAGCGCCGAUUCGCAAUUCAUUUGACUCGGCAAAGACGAAACAAGAUAUCCAGAUUCAGAUUCCAGAUACGGAUGUUGACGACCAAGUAUACCAGUACAGUCCCGGAGGAAGGCCAAUAAUUGCACAAAGGCCUAAUCUGAACUCCAACGAGAGCUCGCAUUCGCAGUACUCUUCCAACAUCUCGAGCACAGUCGGACAAGACCCCCCGUUGUCAAAGGACUCGGCCACAAUCCUUACACCAACAAGCUCCACCGAUGAGGAUAAUAGCAAAACUCCUAUUCAGUCUCCACCUGAUGAGAAACCACAACCGCAGUACAAGGCAUACGUUCCACCUGCUGGGACUAGUAACAACUCAAUCCCACCGUCACAUCGGCUUUCCUUAUCAGCUGCCACAACAGCCCCGGUCACAGCACCAGCACAGGGGACGCCAUCAGGAUCGCGUGACGAGAUCUUCUUCAGCCAGUCUCAAUCAAACUCCAAGCCAACGAGCAGGCCUACGACCAGUGCAAGUACCAACUCCGAUGUAUCCAUUCCUGCGCCACUGUCGUUUACUCCACAGCGCUCAGUCACACCAGCCGCCAAUAGAAAGGGUGCACUUGAAAGCCUCAAGAAGCUCUUGCCAACAGGCACGACGCCUCUAAGAACGCCUCCACGUAUUGAUGAGAUCCGUAAAAAGAAUCAGGCCCUUUCGCAUGACUUUUCGUUCAUCAAUGAAAUAAUCACUAAAUUCGAUCAAGACGCCGCACAGAUACGCAAGAGGAACGACGAUGCUCGCCGUAAGCGUCAGGAAGAAUCCGAAGCAGAGACAGAUCAGCUUUUCAACGAAAAUGAGAUUUCGUACGCAGACAUCGGCGCCUUGGAGGACGAAUUCAAGGAGAAAGAACGCAGGCUCAAAGCACAAGAAGAUCGAGACGAGUACAAGUCCUAUGUCGAGCAAGUUUUUGAUAAGGUCUAUGACGGUCUGCAGGCAGAUAUUAAGAUGCUGAUGGAUCUCUACAUCGACACAGAGGCCCUCCUGCACUCUUCGACCUCUGGCGUGCAAGCACUCUCUGGGAAGGACGAUACGUUGACGACACAAUCUUGCCUUGAGUUGAUGCAAGAGCUACACGACAGCAUUGAGACACGCCAAGACAAGGUCGUUGCAGCAGUUGCAGAACGCGACAGGCGCUAUAAGAAGACAGAAAUCCAGCCCCUGUACGCUGCCGGUAACAUCAGCAAGAUGAAGAGUAUUGAAAAGCAUUUUGAAAAGGCCGAAAAGGAAGCUGUCUUCCGUGCUAACAGCGAGAAAGCGGAACGUGUUGGGGAAUUGGUCAGGGUUGCAGAGGAAGAGAUUGUCAGUGCCGUUGGAACCGAGCAGGGAGAGAUCGAUGCAAUUGUUGCUGCCAUUCGUGAGGUGGAGCAAGAUGGUAAAGAUGGAGAUGAAAGAGUCUCUGUCAUCAAGCACGCUCGAGACACUAUCGUUGCACUCAGAAAGUCGUCCAAGGACCUCCUAACUAUCCUGAACGCUAUGGAGAUCAAGCUGAACACUUCUGUGUUGCAAGCUGAAAUUGCGAAAGCCCAUGUCCAGAAUGCGGACCCUAAGAGUAUCGCGGAUCUAGAGCGCGAAAUGGCAGAGGGCGAGAAGAAACUAAACAAUGAAUUGGCACGCAAGAUUAGAGUCCUCGAGCAGGACACUGAUGAAGUAGAAGGAUUGAUUCAAGAGAAAGGAGCCGAAGCGAAAUUAAGCGAGGAAGAUGAGCGGAAGGUCCGGUUGAAAGCUGCGCUAGAAGAGGCCAAGAGGCGCAAUGGCGAUAUGUGAAUGGCAUUUUAGAUGAUGCAUCUGGAGGCCGAGCAGUGUGCUUUUGAUUUGCAGUCAGAUAUCCCCUAUUGUUGUUGCUUUCUUGAUCAGCAAUAUACCACGAUUCAUGAUUAAUAAACUUCAUCCUCUGCAACUCUGAACUAUCCACUCUGUUUUGGUUCCCAAUUAUCCAAGUAACUAUGAGUAACAAAGGUAGGGAAGGUAACCCAAAGCUUUCCGUU